AUGGAGGACGCGGCGGUUCGCCACCACAUGAGCUGCAUGUCUCCUGACUAUGUUGCCAAGAACUACUCGCGGCCCGACGUGCUGCUGCACAUGGACCUUCUUAAGGAGGCUUCGGCGCUUAAAGAGGGCGUGCCUGCGCUGCGGCUUGACAUGCGCGCGACCGACAGCGGCGAUUCGACGACAACAGGAGACGAGAGCGAAACGGACGACUCGUCGAUUGGCGGGUUUUCGUUAUCGUCGGUGGACGACGUUUCGUGCACGGGCAUCAUGAACAUCAGUUUCGCGUGUAGCGUGCGUGUCUGCGACGCUAACGACCUCCUGCAGGUGUUACUCUUCAACAGCCGCAGCGCGUUGAACCAAUUCAGCGAGUUCCUCCUCAACCCGCUCAAGCUCGAAAUCGGCGCGCUUAUCGCCGUGGGCGCGUCGGGCGAGGUGCGCCGCGGCAGCUACGAGGGAAAGGCGGUGGCUGUGAAGAUAAUGAAGGGUGACACUAUCGAUCGCCACGCCAGCGCGACGGAAUUCCGGCAGGAAGUGCAGACGCUCAUGUCGUGCGACGAGUGCCCGCGACUGCUCGAGUUCGUCGGCGUGUGCCUCGACACGCGCCGUCGCAUGUGCAUCGUCACGCGACUCAUGGAAGGCGGCACGCUCAGCGACCUUGUGCGACGUCGCCACGGCGAGAGGCUCCCGCUCGGCGACGCGCUGCGAAUCGCACACGACGUCGCAGAAGGCAUGGCGUUUCUCCACGGGCGUGGCGUGAUUCAUCGCGACCUGAAAUCCGCCAACGUCCUCCUCGAUUCCGCGGGCCGCGCCGUCGUCGGCGAUUUCGGCGUGGCUCUGCUGAAGGGGGAGCGCGGCGACAUGACUAAGGAGGUCGGAACUUACCGUUGGAUGGCGCCCGAAGCGUUCGGUACGAGCGCGUGGCACGUGACGCACAAGAGCGACGUGUACAGCUUCGGAGUCGUGCUCUGGGAACUCGUCGCGUGUCAGUUACCGUUUGAGGAUUAUACUCCGUUACAAGCAGCGGUGGCGGUGGCGCUUAACGGGUUGCGGCCGAUGAUUCCGGCGGAUUGCCCAGCGGGACUGCGGAGGCUGAUUGAGCGGUGUUGGGAUAAGUGCCCCGAGGCGCGCCCUGAGUUUGACGAGGUCGUGAAAGAAAUCGCGGCGCUGCAAGAGCAGUUUUGUCCGGGGACGGCUGUAUCUGGACAAUAG